AUGAUGAGGUUUAUUGAAGUUGCAGUGGUCGCUCUUGUCAUCAUCCAAAACGCUAAUUCGAUACCACAAUUUGGACAAUCGUUUGCAUCAUCAAGCAUUACCGACUCAAGUGGAAAGGUGUUAUCAAAAUCUGUCUACACUGAUUCCACGGGGAAGCAGAUUAUAAAUGGAAUACCACAACUCGAUGUUGAUUUAUUGCCACCAUUUUUACCGAAUCAAAUCCCUGGCCUUGAUCUUCCGGCUUCUUCAUCACCAUUCAGUAAGCCUGUUAUCUCUAUACCGUCGAUAGAUGUUGAGCCGCCACUUUUACCAAACGAUGAACAAGAUUUAACACCACUAAAGAUAGUAGCAGCAACACAACGUCCAACAACAACGACUCAACGGUUAACAACAACAACUCAAAGAUUAACAACAACCACACAACGUCCAACAACAACGACUCAAAAAUUAACAACAACAACACAACGACCAACAACAACGACUUCUUUGAGGACGACACAAAAAACAUUUGCUGCACCAAAAAUAGCACCAGUUCAACAGCGACCUGUCAAAACUAAUUUCGUCCAAAAUAGCUUCGAUAGCGGAGCAUCUCAAAAUUCAUUAAACGAUGGUUCCUAUAGAGUUAAAGGUGAUGACGGUUCAUACAGGUAUAAAGGAUCCGAUGAUGGAUCAUAUAAAGUAAAAGGUAACGACGGACUCUAUAGACCAAAAGGAAAUUUAGGAACUUACGUUCAUUAUAAUUCGGGAGCUUAUGUUGCAGACGAUCGUGGUAAAUAUAGAGGCAUUUAAAUCACAUGAAAAUCACAUUGACAUUCAAAAUUAUAAAAAAAAAG